CAUCAUCUGAACCUUGAAUAAGCAAAAGGAAGAGUGGGCGACAGUCUGUUUUGUGAUUCUAACAUGUUCCUGUACCUUUCCCAUCUUUCUAUGGUGAAGGAUUCCUUCCCUUGCAGACAGGACUGCAAGACCCGCUCCUGUCAGGUUGGACUUUGCCUGCAAACGUGGCACAGACUCUUCCAUUGUGACAUCAGCCACUGCCGUUGAUGUCACAAAGCAGCAUCAGCGCUGAGGUCGGCACAGCAGGGUAUAAGACCAGGGGUCUCCAUGCGCCUUUGUCACUCUCGAUCUUGACAGGACUGAGAUCGCAGAGUUUUUGGCUCACUCCUGAGCGAGCAAGAUGCUUGUUACCUGCACCUCAGCAGGUACCAGGAGACACACAGAGACGGUUGAAGGUCUCAACGGGAAGAUGAAGACUCAGAAAGCAACGAUGCUGGUGUUGAUUCUUGGUCUGCUCUCUUUUGGUAUUUACGACUUGGGCCAACUUGGCAAAGAAAGCCUCUGGAGCACCGCAGCACAGUUACAAGACCUGAGCAAAACCCUGUCCCUGCCAGACCAGCUCCAUAAGCUCCAGGAACAGCUUUACCAUCUGCGCUGGAGCACAAAGGAUGUCGCGGAGCAGGCUCUACAGGAAGGCUUGAAGCAGGCAAAGCUUCCAGGCUUUACCGGACGGGCUGUUCAGGAGAUCAUCAAUCAAGCCCUGGAGAAUCUGGUGGAAAUCCAGGUCCCGAUGCCGGAUUACGCCCUGAAAUCAGCAGGGGCUGCUGUCAUUCAUUCCAGGACUUCUCCAUCCCUGCGGAACGCCAAAGCCAAACUCUUCUUCUAUUCCCUGCCAUUGAUGGAUUACAUGAGGUCCCCUGAGCUUAUUCUGGAGCCAGAAAAUUAUCCUGGAAACUGCUGGCCCUUCCCAGGAAGUCAGGGUCAUGUGUUCAUCAAGUUGCCCGUGCCAGUCAUUCCAAGAGCAGUCACCAUGGACCAUGUCUCAGGGACAGCGUUCCACGGAGAAAGUAUCUCCGGAGCUCCAAAGGACUUUGCUGUCUACGGCUUCAAGGAAGAACACGAGGAGCAGGGAAUGUUCCUGGGACAGUUCACUUUCCUGGUGCCACUGAAUCCCAGUCAGACCUUCCAGCUGAAGAAUGAGCUCCCUGUGGUCGUGAAUUACAUCAGGCUGCAAGUGCUGAGCAACUGGGGCCACCCGGACUACACCUGCCUGUAUCGGUUCAGGGUGCACGGUGAUCCGCCCAAAGAUGGGGGAGACGUUCUUGUUUCAUCUGUCAAUAAAUUCCAUUAAUGUUCACCAAGUCGAGUUCCAGUCUGCUUUGCCUG